UAGAUUAAGUUUUUGUUUUUUUGUAAUAUUUAGAAAUUAAAUAAAGCAUAGUUAUAUUUAUAAUAAUUAUUAAUUAACGUACUUGUUUGUAAUUGUAAAUGUCCAAUACUGACACCAAAAAUAUAUCACAAAAUUGGAAACGUCCAAAUGAGUUAAUUAAAUUACAACGACUGAAGCAAAAAAAGAAACAAUUAGCCGCACGAUUUAAGCAAACCAAUAACAACGAAAAUGUAGUUCUUGAGGAUAAAGCGAGCCUCUUGGAGGCAAAAAUAGCACAGAAGCGCAAAAAUCCGUUUGCAAAAUCAGCAGAGAAUGAAAGCAAAAAGGCGCGAAACGAUCAGGUGUUGCUUGAGCAGGAUGACACUUUGCUUGCAUUUAUAAACACAAACGCGACAACUACUGAGGCUUUUGUACGCGAAACUCCUGUCAAAGUGGCACCAGCAAAAUUAGUUUUAAAGUCAUUCGAUUCAAAUGCGUUUUCGCAAUUCUUACAUCAAGCUGAUGAAGAUGAUGCAAUUGAAGAACAAAUAUUUAGUAAGCAUUUACCCAUGGACUGGAGUUUGAAGACGCGUGUGCGUAUCUUUUGUGAAAGUGAUUUACCUACAACUACGCUAAAGACUUCACAAAUGGCCAGUGGACUUACUAGUUUUGUGCGUUGCAUUUACUCGCAAAAUGAAUACGGCAUGUUGGAUAUAUCACCUGCAACACGUUUCAAUCAAGCUGCUUACUAUUGGCAACAUCCGCACUUACCUUGGAUGACACUAUUCCCGCGUAAUUCAAAAGAAAACAUUGGUAUAACAAUAGGUGAACGUGAACGUAAAGCACUGGCUGAAGAUUGGGAUUUUAGCUUCCACGGUUUAUUUCAUUUGCUGAGAGGAUUACAAUGUCCAUAUUUCUAUGUUUGCGCAAAUACUUUCACUGUGCUAUUUAGAGCUGCGGGCACUGCUGGACGUACGGAAAUGCAUGCUCUAAUGACACCGUCAACGCGUGGUAUACGCAGUAAUUUAAGACAAGAAGGUAUAGAAUUUACAAUGCCGCUAAAAAAUGAUGGAGGCUUAAAUCGAUCAGCUGAUGGUAACUAUUCGGAAGAAAGCGGGAGUAUUGUUACUGUGGAAAAUCCUGACCAAGAAGGAGUCAAUACAGGUGGUAACGAUGAACAAGAAGAGGAUGAAUGGCUUGAAAGUUUGGGUGUGGAUGAAAAAGAAAUACGAAAAAUACAAACCGCACACACACGUAAAAUUAAAGCAAAGGAAAUGGCAGAGGAUUUCAGUGAUAAUUCUUUACUAUUAAUCGAAGGUGUUGAAUGCCAAGGAUUCUUUAGUUUCCUACUUAACGCUAAGAGUACUAUUAGCAGUAUUGGACGUUUAGCUGGCGUGCCACCAACGUUACUUGCACCAGUGGCAUUUCCAAAAGCUACUAUGCAGCAUCUAACAUUACGUUCAAAUAAAGUACGAAUGGAUGGAGUAGACUAUAAUAGUAUCGAAGCUAAAGGAAUUGUUUUGCCAACAUUUUUGCCAUAUAUUUUUCAAUUAUUAUCAGAAACUAAAAAUACCUUCAGUGCUGCGCUAGCCAGCAGUAAUAAUACUUUAGCAUUUAGUAAGGCGACACAAGCACUAACAGAGGAUCCAAACUGUAGCAACACGAACACUACAGAAGGCACAGAUGCACAUCAAGUAUUUCAACAGGGUAGUUUAUGUGAUUGCGGUUUAAAUGAAGCGGUUAUUGAAUGCAUGUGUCGAACUGGACAAUAUUCAGUUGCUUUGCUAGAGCGUGUAUGUUAUGAUAAAGAAUGCGGUUAUGCUUGGAGCUAAUAUAAAAAUUUGUACCGUUUAAGUUAAUGUAACAAAAAUUUUAUUUAUUAACCUGUACAAAUAUAAAUCUGAUGUAUUUAUUUAUAUAUGAACUGAAGUUUUAAUUGCAGAAGUAUUUUUAAUAGUUAACGUUUGCAAGUGAGAGAAAAUUGCAAUUGCAAUU